CGGCGAGCUCCUCUUUGAAGGGCCAUUCUUGAGCUCAGAGCAUACUGAGCUGAUGAAACAUGACUUGAAAGAUGGAUCGGCUUUACAGGGGAGCAGAGUCCAUUGGCUCCUAUACUGUGGAAACCUUUUCCUGGCCGUUCUGUUCCAUCUACAAAAGAUCCUCAUCUCGGCCCCACCAGGAGAGCCAGAAAUUCCAUGAGCGUGCAAUGCCACAGGAGACAGGAAACAGCCAUUCUUGCCUGUCAGCCAGUCCUGAUAUGGAAGAAGAAGAAUGUGAACUCGGUCCCCAGAAGGACCCCACAAGGCAGUCGCCCCUGGACUCUGAUCAAGGGCUGACAAAAGGUCUGAAGGAGAAAGAGCUCACCCCAAAGAAACUGCAGCUCCUUCUGGUGGGGAAAACAGGAAGUGGGAAAAGUGCAACAGGAAACAGCAUCCUUGGCAGGCAAGUAUUUGAGUCCAAAAUCAGCGCUAGACCAGUGACCUUGACCUUCCAGAAAGGGAGUAGAGAGUGGGAUGGAAAGGAGGUUGAGGUGAUCGACACCCGGGACAUUUUGUCAUCUCAGUAUCAGCCUGAGGUGGCAGCUGAGAAGAUCUGUGAAGUCUUGGCCUCUCCAGGGCCCCAUGUGGUGCUCCUGGUGAUACAGGUGGGCCGGUACACGGCAGAAGACCAGCAAGCUGCCAGGCGCCUCCAGGAGAUCUUUGGAGAAGGGAUCCUGGCUUACACCAUCCUGGUGUUCACUCGGAAGGAGGACCUGGCUGGGGGUUCCGUGGAGGAAUAUGUUCAAGAGAACAACAAUAAGAGCCUGGAUGAUCUGCAUGUUGCUGAGAGGCGACACUGUGGCUUCAACAACAGGGCACAAGGGGAUGAGCGGAAGGCCCAACUGGAGGACCUUAAGGAGAAAAUCGAAUUGGUCUUGUGGGAAAACGAGGGCCACUGUUACACCACAAAACUUCCAAAUGUUCCCAGCAAAGCAGUUUAACCACAGAGCAAGGCUCUGAGGAGGAAUCCCUCGAGGAGUCCUGGCUGAAAGGCUGUCCCAGAUCCUGAUGGCUUCCGAGAGACCUGUAGGUUCCUGAUAGGGAGGGCAUCCUGACAACUGGAGGACGACCACACGCAGGAGUUUCUUAGUUAGUGUUCUCUUGCUGUGAAGAGACACCAUGACCAUACA